ACCUAAUAACAGAAAAUAAAAUAUAUGCAGCAAAAAUUUACAGCAUUGAAAUGAAAAUAAAAAACUACAAUAAACUAUGAUAAUAGUUGAAGUCUUCAAUAUCCAGCUCUCACUAGUGGAGAGGGUAACCACACAGCAGAGGAUUCAGGAAAGAGAGGACUUGAAAAGUAAAGGAAAUCAUCUAGCUCUAACAGACACUGCAGAACACUCUACCAAAAGCACCGGAUACAUAGUCUCCUCAAGAGCACAUAGGAGGGUUUCCAGGGUAGACCGUAUGUGUAUAUUUGACCACCAAUUUAAUCUCAAUAGGCUUUAAAAGCCAGAUAUCCUACAAAGUAUCUUCUCUGAUCACAAAGGAUGAAGUUAUCAACAACAGAAGUAAAAUUGGAACGUUAACUAAUUUGAAGAAAUUAAGUAACACAUUCUUAAACUAUCAAUAGAUCAAGGAAGAAAUCACAGGAGAAAUUUAAAAAUGCUUAAAGAGGAGUGAUAGCAAUAACGCAAUAUACCAAAACUUAGGGGAGACUGUGUGAAACAGGAAAUUUAUAGUGUAAAUGCUUCCAUCAAAAAAAAGACCUCUACCUCUACGACCUAAAAAAAAAAAAAAAAAAAAAAUUACAGAACAAACUAUAUCCAAAGCCAGCAAGUAAAUAACAAAAGUUAGAGGAAAGAUAAAUGACAUACAGGAUUCUCCCCUUAUCCACAGGAAUACGUUCCAAGACCCCAGUGGGUGUCAAAAACCUGGAUAGUACCAAGCCUUAGGUGUACUUUGUUUGAUCCUAUACUAACAGACAGGUAACACACACCGAGCGGGUACACUGGACAAGGGCGUGAUUCAUUCACAGGUAGGACAGAGCAGGAUGGCGCACGAUUACAUCCCCUUACUCAGCAUGGUGCACGAUUUAAAACUUAUGAAUGGUUUACGUCUGAAAUGCUCUAUUUAGUAUCUCUGUGCUGAAGCUGACUGUAGGUAAUUGAAAACAUGGAAAGUAAAACCACAGAGAAGGAGGGAUAUUGUAAAGAAUGGAGAAACAAUGCAGAGAUCCAUGAAACUAAUCAGUACGAGCCAGGUCGCGGGUGAGGAGAAACUGGAACUCUUGUGUGCUACUGAUAGGAAUCUAAAAAUACACCACAAAAAUCCAAAACAGAACCUCCAUGUGAUCUAGCAGGUCUCAUUCUGAAUACAGACCCCCAAACUGAAAGCCGUGUCUCAACAAAAUAUCUGUGAAUGCAUUUCCUCAGCAGCAUCACACACAACAGGUAAACGGAGACCUAAGAAAAUGUUCAUGGGUGGAUGAAUGGCAAGGCAAGAUGUGGUCUGGACACUCGAUAGAACAUUAUUGAGCCUUAGAAACGAAGGAGAUUCUGACAUAGAGCCCAACUCGAGGGAAUCUGCAAGACACUAUGCUCCGUGAAAUAAGCCAGUCACAGAAAGAUACUGUAUUGUUGCACUUAUAUGAGGAACUUUGUGUAAAAGUCAGAGAGACAGAAAACAGAAUGGUGGUUGCCAGGGGCUGGGAAGAGGGGGCUUGGGAGUGAGUGUUUAUUGGAUAGAGAGUUGCAGUUUUAUAGAUGAAACCUUUCUGGAGAUGGAUGGCGGUGAGGACUGCACACGAUAUGAGUGUUCUUAAUGCUACUGAACUACUUACUUAAAAGUGGUUCGAUGGUAAAUACUGUGUUAAUGCAUUUUACCACAAUUAAGCAGACCGAGGAAAGGUACUUUCAUACUUAUUUUCCAACUGAUUUUCAAAAGGGAAGGCUCAGUUCUCUCUGUGGACCUCCUUGAUCAAACAGCAUCCCCUUCCAGAAGUGGGGGUUUGCACAUCCAGAGAACAGGGGUGCGCUGCAUCCAGGAGCCUACGGACAAUUAUCAUCGAAAGAGGUUGUUCAUAUUUAUAGAGCUCUGCAGUGAGGGCUCUGAAAAUCACCAGCGAAGAAUGAAUUCAGUCCCACAUCACAGACUUUAUCGGAUAAAAUUAUCUCCAGCCAAAAUUUGGUUUUUUUUUUUUCAUAGAAAGGUGUCCCUUGAAAACAUCAGACUCACUAGUGGCUUUUGUCACACGUAUAGACUCAGGCCUGAGAAUCUGGGUUUUACAAUCACUUUGGAAACUCCCCAUCUAUGUUAAAGUUUGAAAACCACUUCUGAACAGGAGGGAAUGAUACUACUUUGUUUCUGUGAAGCUAAAACGUGUGGUUCUUUCACAGCUGAGUCUAGUUUUUCAAAAUAGAUUUUUCGAAAGAAUUCAUAUCUUUUUGCGGUUUCCCUUAGUCUCAUCCAUGAAAGGGGAAAAUGCACAUCCAGUGAGUAUAAAGUGGCUGUUCAGGGUUAUGUUUUACCUCCACGUCCCUUAUUUCUCAGAGCCUGAAGACUCUAAUAAAAGAAGACCAAACAGAAAUGGUGUGCUUUUGGCAGAUUAUUGUUUUAUUCUGAUGAAGACUUUAUGUCCAAGCCUCACAACUCUGUAAUUUGCAAUUGAUAAAAUGCCUGGGGAUCCAUUUGUAGACUAACUUGUCAAGGUCCUUGUUGCAGAUGAGCUCCUGCCUGAUGCAGAAGAGGUCUUAGCAGGUGCAGGGGAGGUCUCAGCUCAGGUGGGAUGGGUGGGUUCCCGCAAUGCCCUCUGAGAACCCUGACCACUGACACUUACUCAAGCAGGGAGCUUCCUCUCCUUCUGCAGACACACUAGUAUUUUCUGCUCCAUAUGAAAAUAACUGCACCCACUGGGGUACAAUUAUAACUGAGUCCCACUGGGGACCUUUCCUGGCACAGUCUCAAAGCUGCCCUGAUCUGUGGUCACAGGCGAAUUUAGACAUACCCAUCUGCUUUUUCCGGACAGUUGGGUCACAAGCAAAGUGGGAGGUUGGGAUAGGAUGAUUGGAGCUCUCAGGGUUGAGGGCUGUUUUCCUCCCUGCCUAAAAUUCUCCUCAAGCAGCAGAGCGUGCCGACAGAUGGACACCUGAGAAGGAACAAGCCUGUUCAGCACAAUUUAAAGAGCAGCUGCAAAGAGAGCAGAACCAAGAAACCGUUCACCCAGGACUUGCUGCCAAAAUGACAGAAGAGGGAAGAGAACGAGAAAGGACCUCCACAGCCGAGCAGGACAAGAGAGAGACCUCUGGGGAAGAAAAGGUGCUUCUUAAGCAACAUGUUAAAAAGCUGCAGCACAAGCUGGUGAACCAAGAAAAUGUCUUCCAGGGAUUUCGAGCCAAAAUGACCCUGGAAGUAAGAGAAAGAAAGAAACUUCUGAGAAAUAUGGAUGAGAGGAUUGAAGCAAUCGAGAGCUUCCUGGGGAUAACAAAAAAACGAAAGAAAUGCUGCGUAAAGAACGGGGACCCCCUUCGAGAUGCAGAAAAGUCAUCCGCAGGUGCAGGAGAGCCAGCCAACCUGGAGGCAGCUCAGAGGGAGAAGGAGCUUAUUCUGCAAAAGAUUGCAGAGCUGGAACACAAGUUGGUGGACCACGAGAGAAUCCUGGAGAGGUUAAGAGGCCACAUGACAGAUGGAGGAAGAGAAAUGGAAAUGGCCUCAGCAGAAGAGCAGGCCAAAAAUGAGUCCACUGGGAGAGAAGAGGAGCCACUGGAGGAAAAGGUUACAGAGUUGCUGAGCAAGUUGGAGGACCAAGAACAAGUCCUCAAGGGAUUUAGAGCCAAAAGGACAGAGGCGAUGAUAGAGAGACGUAAGCAUCUGAGAGAGAUGAGAGAGAAGAUUGAGAGGCUGGAGGGCUUACUGAGUGCUAGAGAAAAACCAAAGGACGGCUCCAUGAAGACAGGAGAGCCAGCCAACCUGGAGGCAGCUCAGAGGGAGAAGCUUCUUCUGCAAAAGAUGAUGGAGCUGGAACGCAGGUUGGACGACCACGAGAGAAUCCUGGAGGAGUUAAGAGGCCGCAUGACAGAUAAACAAAGAGAAAUAGAAACGACCUCAGCAGGUGACAAAGGAGAGGCGUCGGCUUUUCCCGAGAGAGAAAAAGAGCUUCCUGAGCAACAUGCUAAAGCGUUGCAGCAGGAUUUGGAAGACCAAGAAGAAGCCUUCAGGAGAUUUAGAGCCCAGAUGAUAGAGGAGAUAAGAGAAAUAGAGAACGAACAGAGACAAAUGAAUGAGAGGAUUAAGAUUCUGGAAGAAAUUCUUCUAGGUUACCAGGUUGCCAUGGCAUCUGGCCUCAACAUGACGGACCCCAUCUGUCUGAUAAAAAACAACAAUGAGCUGCUGUCAGUGAACCAGGAAGCUCUAGAGAUACUUGAGAAGAUUUCUCAGCCCGUGGUGGUGGUGGCCAUUGUAGGACUGUAUCGCACAGGCAAAUCCUACCUGAUGAACCGUCUGGCGGGACGGAACCAUGGUUUCCGUCUGGGGUCCACAGUGCGGUCUGAAACCAAGGGCAUCUGGAUGUGGUGUGUGCCCCACCCCUCCAAGCCAGACCGCACCCUGGUCCUUCUGGACACCGAGGGCCUGGGCGAUGUGGAGAAGGGCGACCCUAAGAACGACUCGUGGAUCUUCGCCCUGGCCGUGCUCCUGAGCAGCGUCUUCGUCUACAACAGCAUGAACACCAUCAACCACCAGGCCCUGGAGCAGCUGCAUUAUGUGACAGAGCUCACGGAGCUCAUCAGGACCAAGUCCUCCUCAGAAAACGAUGGCGUGGAGGACUGCACAGAGUUUGUGAGUUUCUUUCCAGACUUUAUCUGGAUUGUUCGGGAUUUCACCCUGGACCUGAAGUUGAAUGGUCACCCUGUCACAGAGGAUGAGUACCUGGAGAAUGCCUUGAAGCUGAUUCCAGGCAACAAUCCCAAAGCCCAAACAUCCAAUCUACCCAGAGAGUGCAUUAGGAAUUUCUUCCCAAAACGGAAGUGUUUUGUCUUUGACCGACCAACAGACAACAAAAACCUCCUGGCCAAUAUUGAGAAUGUGUCUGAAGACCAACUGGAUCCUGAUUUCCUGGAACAAGCAAACAAUUUCUGUUCCUACAUCUUCACCAAUGCAAAGACCAAGACCCUCAGUGAUGGAAUUCCAGUCACUGGGAAACGGCUGGGGACUCUGGUGGUGGCGUACGUGGAUGCCAUCAAUACCGGAGACGUUCCUUGUCUGGAGAACGCAGUGAAAACCCUGGCCCAGCUGGAGAACUCAGCGGCCAUGCAGAAGGCAGCCGACCUCUACAGCGAGCAGAUGGCCCAGCGACUGAGCCUCCCCGCAGACACGUACCUGGAGCUGCUGGAGGUGCACGCAGACUGCGAGAGCAAGGCCAUUGCACUCUUCAUGGAGCAGUCCUUCAAGGAUGACACGCAGGAGUUCCAGAAGAUGCUGGUGGAAAUCAUAAAGAAUAAGAAGGAGGGUUUCGUGCUGCAGAAUGAAGAGGCAUCUGCCAAAUACUGCCAGGAAAAACUUGAUCAGCUUUCAGAGACCCUAGUGGAAUGUAUUUCAGCAGGAAUGUUCUCUGUUCCUGGAGGCCAUGAACUCUACCAGAGAGCAAAGCAAAGAUUGGAAUGGGACUAUUGCCAUGUGCUCAGGAAAGGAGUGCAGGCCGACAAGGUCCUCCAGCGCUUCCUGCAGUCACAGGUGGCAAUAGAGAAAUCCAUCCUGCAGGCAGAUAAAGCCCUCACUGACGGGCAGAAGGCCAUAGCAGGUACGGGCUCUGCUCACAGUGGGAUGGGUCGUUCCUGCAGGGCCCUCUGGCUCCUGGGAGAGCAAAACCUUCCCGAUACAAGCAGCUUCCUCUCCUUCUGUGGAACAACUCUGCCAUGUCUGACACCUGCAAGGGGAGUCGGGCGUGGACGUGCUUGGACAGCAGCCAGGCAGAGCCUUCCCAUCAACUCUGAAAUGUCUCUGGAUGGUGUGGACACGGGGACAAUUUGGGGUUUUCCAGCCUCCCCUGCCAGUUUGGUUUCUGAGCUCAGGAGGGUUGAGAUGAGUCCUUACGUUAUUUUCGUCCCUCUCUAAACCUUCCUG